CCUCUAUACAGAAAGUAGGAUUUACUUCCUUGUUACGUGGACAAGACAGACAUUCCCCUGCACGUUCUUCACGUCUUACCAGAGUCUCCUUCUUCAUGAUCUUGGAAUCUGAAAUGCUUGUAUUGAACAAACUACAGCUUUUGAAGGAUGGAAACUGACGACAAAGUGCCACAAGGUGGCGCUGUGGCAAGACCAUUCACAGAUACUGUAGCUGCCAGAGAGGGAAGUCAGCAACAUGGGAGACAACUCACUACAAUAUCAACACAAGAUCGUGCUGCGGCUAGACCUUUCACAGAUAAUGUCGCUGCCACAGAGGGAAGUCAGCCACAGGGGAGACAACACACUACAACAUCAACACAAGAUGACUCUGUGGCUAGACCUUUCACAGAUACUGUAGCUGCCACAGAGGGAAGUCAGCAGCAGGGGAGACAACUCACUACAACAUCAACACAAGAUGACGCUGUUGCUAGACUUUUCACAGAUACUGUAGCUGCCACAGAGGGAAUUCAGCAGCAGGGGAGACAACUCACUACAACAUCAACACCAGAUGGUGCUGUGGCUAGACCUUUCACAGAUACUGUAGCUGCCACAGAGGGAUGUCAGCAACAGGGGAGACAACUCACUACAUCAACACAAGAUGGUGCUGUGACAAGACCUUACACAGAUAAUGUAGCUGCCACAGAGGGAAGUCAGCAGCAGGGGAGACAACUCAAUACAUCAACAACAGAUGGUGCUGUGACUAGACCAUACACAGAUACUGUAGCUGCCACAGAGGGAAGUCAGCAACAGGGGAGACAACUCACUACAACAUCAACACCAGAUGGUGCUGUGGCUAGACCUUUCACAGAUACUGUAGCUGCCACAGAGGGAAGUCAGCAACAGGGGAGACAACUCACUACAACAUCAACACCAGAUGGCGCUGUGGUCGGUCCUUUCACAAAUACUGUAGAUGUUGCAGAAGGAAGUCAGCCACAGGGGAGACAACUCACUACAACAUCAACACCAGAUGGUGCUGUGGCUAGUCCUUACACAGAUACUGUAGCUGUCACAGAGGGAAGUCAGCAGCAGGGGAGACAACUCACAACAACAUCAACACAAGAUGGCGCUGUGGCUGGACCUUUCACAGAUACUGUAGCUGCCACAGAGGGAAGUCAGCAGCAGGGGAAACAGUCCAUUUCCACAACCACCCACAACUACUUUGGUUCUACAGUUUCACAUUACGACCUGUCCAACUCCUCUAACGUGGCAAUGGGGGAUGGCAGACAUCAAGGCUGUAUAUCUCAAGAGUGUCUCAGUGUUAGGAUCAACCAGCUCAGUGAUAUGUUUGUGGAAACCCAUGCUCUUGACAAAGCAAAAGAACUUCUGAAAAGACACAACCACGUGGCCAUCUGCGGAGCCCCAGGAGACGGGAAAACUAGUGCUGCUCUCAGGAUCUGUGAAGCGUAUAUGAAGAAAAAGUAUCAAGUAUUGUUUGUUGAAAGUAUUGAAGAGUUUGACAGUGAUGUCGUCAUUAAGCGAAAGUGUGACAUGCUGGUUGUGUUUGACGAUGUCUUUGGCUCUGUUGCAUUUCCAAGCAGCUUGGAGAAGAUACACAAAAUGUUCAAUGCCUUGGUUGAUGUUUUACUGCGCUUUACAAGAGACAAGGAACUGAAAGCCAAGGAAAAACAACCCCAGAAGAAAAUUAACGAAAGAAGGAAGAAGGAAGAUGAGAGGCAAUGUGAAGAUGAAAAGACACCAGUGUGUAACUACAAGCUUCGCUUUAUAUUCACAUCCAGAAGCUACAACUGGAAUGAAGGAUGUGCACGACUGCAUCAGUUCAAAGUAAAUCUGUUUAAGCCGGAAGCCAUUGUUGAUAUGAUCAAGACUUGUUUAACCACAGAAGAAAAGAAACAUAUUCUGACAUUGUUCAGGAAAUGCCAAAUGUGCGAUAUCUCCAAUAAGGACAUGAAAACCAUAACUCAGUUACAAGACAGCAGGUUUGGCUUUCCUCUGAUCUGUAAAUUGUACUGUACAAACCCAGCCUUCCAGAUGCAAAACAUCAUUGACUUCUUUCAGAACCCUGUGACCUACCUGAGAGGUGACCUUGACACCAUUGUCCGUGAAGGCAGCAGCAGGUCGGCAGCUCUGGUUCUCCUUGUUCUGUGUGGAGGGAAGUUGGACCUUGCCUCUUUUAAGGGGAAGGAGAAGAAUCUCACUGAACUGUUCCAGGCUGUAAAGGAGGAUGUCGCGUCUUGCACUCGGACAGACAUUGGCAGGGAGAUCAGCAACUUUACUGGCACCUACUGUACAGUGGAGAAUCAUGUAGCCUCUUUCUCCCAUCCGUCCAUCUAUGAUGCUGCAGCAUGUGCCUUGGGGAAUCUCAAUGAAGAUUUGUUACUGGAACAUUGUUCCCUGCAGUUUUUAUAUGAAAGAGUGAGGCUGAACAAGGAUGAUCACCUAAAGACAACCCACACUGAUGAUGUCACAAACAUGAUCUACAUCACCUCAAGUCUCCACCCGUUAGUGAUCAGCAGAUUGGUGGAGGGUGUCCGAGAAGGAUGCUUCAGAUGGACAGUGGGCCACCCUGUAUUCAGCUGUGUUCAAAUAGUCUCCGGCUUCUUGACACAGAUGAUGACAGACUUGCCUGAUGUUGUUCACAGAAAAGAUAGGAACUCAGGCGAAUGUUUUCUAUACUGGGUUUCACUGUCAACUUACCAUUCACUGUUUGAACACACAGUGUCACUGAUGUGUAGAGAGGGAAGCCUUUCACAUUCUGUACUCGCUGACUUCUAUGAGAGUAUCAUAAUCUGUACAAAACAUGGCAAUCUCAGGCACCUGCAACAUAUUGCUGCUGUACUCAAACAACAAGGGGAAUACGAUGUAGACAGGAGGACAAAGGGAGAGAGGACUCCGCUGAUGAUUGCUGCUGAAGCAGGACAGUUGGUUGUGUUCAACUUCCUCCUACAAGAGGGAGCUGAUGUUUCAGCAACAGACAAAGAUCGGUACAACUGUCUUCAUCUUUCAUGUAAAUCAGGAAGCAAAGAUAUAGUAAAUGUUAUCAUUGAGAAGUUUCAACACCUGAUCAAUGACCGCGAUGGUGAGGGAAACACCCCUGUUAUGGUGUGUGCUGAGUCAGGGCAGGUUGAAAUCCUCAAGUUCCUUGUUUCACACAAAGCAGAUCAUACUCUCAGGAAUGUUUUCAAUGUGAACGCUUUCCAAAUAGCAUCUAGCAACGGCCAUGUAUCAGUUGUAGAGUAUCUGCAAACAUGUGAACACAUAACCAUAGACAUGCGAGGAGGGUUGGGGCAUCAAACAGCAGUUAUGAUGGCAGCUGAAGGAGGACACUGUGAUGUUUAUAAUCUUCUUGUGUUGGAGGGAGCUGAUCUGUCAAUUACUGAUAGAUAUAGAACGGACUGCCUGAUGUUGGCAUGUGAGGGGGGAGGUAACGUGUCUAUAGUGAAACACCUCCUGUCCUUGAACACAUUUGACAUCAACAGACGAGGGUGGUGGCAACAAACAGCAGUUAUGAUUGCAGCUGAAAGAGGACACUCUGAUGUUUAUAAUCUUCUUGUGUUGGAGGGAGCUGAUCUGUCACUUACUGAUGAAGACAACAGGGACUGCCUGAUGUUGGCAUGUAAGGGAGAUGACAUGUCUAUAGUGAAACACCUCCUGUCCUUGAAAACAUUUGACAUCAACAGACGAGAGGGGUGGUCUAAACAAACAGCAGUUAUGAUGGCAGCUGAAGUAGGACAGUAUGAUGUUUAUAAUCUUCUUGUGUUGGAGGGAGCUGAUCUGUCACUAUCUGAUGAAUCCAACAGGGAUUGCCUGAUGUUUGCAUGUGAGGGGGGUAACGUGUCUAUAGUGAAACACCUCCUGUCCUUGAACACAUUUGACAUCAACAGACGAGGGUGGUGGCAACAAACAGCAGUUAUGAUUGCAGCUGAAAGAGGACACUCUGAUGUUUAUAAUCUUCUUGUGUUGGAGGGAGCUGAUCUGUCACUUACUGAUGAAGACAACAGGGACUGCCUGAUGUUGGCAUGUAAGGGAGGUGACAUGUCUAUAGUAAAACACCUUCUGUCCUUGAAAACAUUUGACAUCAACAGACGAGGGGUGUUAGAGAAACAAACAGCAGUUAUGAUGGCAGCUGAAAGAGGACAAUAUGAUGUUAAUAAUCUUCUUAUGUUUGAGGGAACUGAUCUGUCACUUGCUGAUGAAGACGACAGCGACUGCCUGAUGUUAGCAUGUGAGGAAGGUAACGUGUCUAUAAUGAAACACCUCCUGUCCUUGAAAACAUUUGACAUCAAUAGACGAGGGGGGUGGUCGAAACAAACAGCAGUUAUGAUGGCAGCUGAAAGAGGACAGUAUGAUGUUUAUAAUCUGCUUGUGUUGGAGGGAGCUGAUCUGUCACUAACUGAUGAAGACAACUGUGACUGCCUGAUGUUUGCAUGUGAGGGAGGUAACAUGUCUAUAGUGAAACACCUCCUGUCCCUGAAAAUAUUUGACAUCAACAGACGAUGGGGGUCACCAAAACAAACAGCAGUCAUGAUGGCAGCUGAAAGAGGACAAUAUGAUGUUUAUAAUCUUCUUGUGUUGGAGGGAGCUGAUCUGUCACUUGCUGAUGAAGACAACAGGGACUGCCUGAUGUUGGCAUGUGAGGGAGGUAACGUGUCUAUAGUGAAACACCUCCUGUCCCUGAAAAUAAUUGACAUCAACAGACGAUGUGGGUCACCGAAACAAACAGCAGUUAUGAUGGCAGCUAAAAAAGGACACUAUGAUGUUUAUAAUCUUCUUGUGUUGGAGGGCGCUGAUCUGUCACUAACUGAUGAAUCCAACAGGGACUGCCUGAUGUUGGCAUGUAAGGAAGGUAACGUGUCUAUAGUGAAACACCUCCUGUCCUUGAAAACAUUGGACAUCAACGUACAAAGGGAGUCAUUGAAACAAACAGCAGUUAUGAUUGCAGCUAAAAAAGGACACUAUGAUGUUUAUAAUCUUCUUGUGUUGGAGGGCGCUGAUCUGUCACUAACUGAUGAAUCCAACAUCGACUGCCUGAUGUUUGCAUGUGAGGGAGGUAACGUGUCUGUAGUGAAACACCUCCUGUCCCUGAAAAUAUUUGACAUCAACAGAAGAGGGGGGUUCUGGAAUGAAACACCAGUUAUGAUGGCAGCUAUAAACGGACACUAUGGUGUUUAUAAUCUUCUUGUGUUGGAGGGAGCUGAUCUGUCACUAACUGAUGAAUACAACAGGGACUGCCUGAUGUUUGCAUGUGAGGGAGGUAACGUGUCUGUAGUGAAACACCUCCUGUCCUUGAAAACAUUUGACAUCAACAGCCGAUGGGGGCCAUAUGAAGAAACAGCAGUUAUAAAGGCAGCAAACAGAGGACAAUAUGAUCUUUAUGAUCUUCUUGUGUUGGAGGGAGCUGAUCUGUCACUUACUCGUGCAGAUAGCACGGACUGCCUGAUGUUGGCAUGUGAGGAACUCUAUGAUGUUUGGUAAGAAACGAGUGGGUACGGGUAUCCAACACUUGGGUACGAGUCAUCCAGCUAAUUAUGUACAAGUGGGAACGGGUAUCCAACACUUGGGUACGAGUCAUCCAGUUGAUUAGGAACGAGUGGGUACGGGAAUCCAACACUUUGGUAUGAGUAAUCCAGCUCAUUAGGAACGAGUGGGUACAGGUUGUCCAACACUUGGGAACGAGUGAUUCAGCUGAUAUUGAACGAGUGGGUACGGGUAUCGAACACUUUGGUACGAGUCAUCCAGUUGAUUAGGAAAGAGUGGGUACGGCUUUUCCAGCACUUGGGCACGAGUCAUCCAGUUGAUUAGGAACGAGUGGGUACAGGUAUCCAACACUUGGGUCCGAGUCAUCCAGUUGAUUAGGAACGAGUGGGUACGGCUUGUCCAACACUUGGGUCCAAGUCAUCCAGUUGAUUAGGAACGAGUAGGUAUGGCUUGUCCAACACUUGGGUACGAGUCAUUCAGUUGAUUAGGAACGAGUGGGUACGAGUAUCCAACAAUUGGGUCCGAGUCAUUCAGUUGAUUAGGAACGAGUGGGUACUGAUUGUGCAACACUUGGGUAUGAGUCAUCCAGUUGAUUAGGAACAAGUGGGUACGGGUAUCCAACACUUUGGUACGAGUCAUCCAGUUGAUUAGGAACGAGAGGGUACAGCUUGUGCAACACUUGGGUACGAGUCAUACAGUUGAUUAGGAACGAGUGGGUACGGGUAUCCAACACUUGGGUACGAGUCAUCCAGUUGAUUAGGAACGAGUGGCUACAAGUUGCCCACCACUUGGGUACAAGUCAUUCAGUUGAUUAGGAACGAGUGGGUACGGGUAUUAAACACUUGGGUCCGAGUCAUCCAGUUGAUUAGGAACGAGUGGGUACAGCUUGUGCAACACUUGGGUACGAGUCAUACAGUUGAUUAGGAACGAGUGGGUACGGGUAUCCAACACUUUGGUCCGAGUCAUCCAGUUGAUUAGGAACGAGUGGGUAGGCUUGUCCAACACUUAGGUCCAAGUCAUCCAGUUGAUUAGGAACGAGUAGGUAUGGCUUGUCCAACACUUGGGUACGAGUCAUCCAGUUGAUUAGGAACGAGUGGGUACAGCUUGUGCAACACUUGGGUACGAGUCCUCCAGUUGAUUAGGAACGAGUGGGUACAGGUAUCCAACACUUGGGUACGAGUCAUUUAUUUGAUUAGGAACGAGUGGGUACGGCUUGUCCAACACUUGGGCCCGAGUCAUCCAGUUGAUUAGGAACGAGUGGGUACGGCUUGUCCAACACUUGGGUACGAGUCAUGCAGUUGAUUAUGAACGAGUGGAUACGGGUAUCCAACACUUGGGUACGAGUCAUUCAUUUGAUUAGGAACGAGUAGGUACGGCUUGUCCAACACUUGGGUACGAGUCAUCCAGUUGAUUAGGAACGAGUCGGUACGGGUAUCCAACACUUGGGUACGAGUCAUCAAGUUGAUUAGGAACGAGUGGGUUCUGACGCUAUGUUGGUGUAAAAUAUUGUAAAUUUAAUUACUGUUCUUUUAGUUAAUAAAUUGAUGUAUGUCAUGUUACCAUGUGAUUUAUCUGUUUGUCAGGGACUAUUUCUUGUCUACACUCUUGCAUCGUGGCUAUUUUUAGAAACUAAGUUGACAUUUUGCCUUGAUAAACAAAAGCCUAAUACACUAGUUAUUGAAGAUUUCCCGAUUCAUUUCUUCCUCUAGCGUGUUUUAAAGUAUAUUUCACUUUGGAUAUUAAUGGUAAUUAAACUUGAUUGCACCGAAUGACUAA